CCAAAACGUCAUUUCCGGCGCUUCUAUAAGUGGCCGGCGGGAAACUGCGGUGGCGACGCGCGUCUGAGGGAACGCAGCUCUGUCCUCCGUCCUCCGUCCUCCGUCCCCUGACGAUGUCCCGUGUUCUGAACGGCAUCGUGGCGGUGUGUCCCGACCUGGGCAUCGGGAACCAUGGAAACCUGCCCUGGCAUCCGGUCCGACUCAGCAACGAAUUCAAACAUUUCCGGACGAUGACGGCGACCUCGUCUGUGACAGGCAAACAGAACGUGGUGAUCAUGGGCAGGAAGACGUGGUUUUCCAUCCCAGAGAAGAACAGACCCCUGAACAACAGGAUCAACAUCGUCCUCAGCCGGCAGUGCAAAGCGCCCCCUGCUGGAGUGCACCACCUGGUGAGUGACUUCAGCUCAGCCCUCAGGCUCGUGGACACGGAGCUGGCUGACCAGGCCGACCAGGUCUGGGUCAUAGGAGGCAGCUCUCUCUACAAGGAGAUGAUGGAGAGCCCGGGGCCCAGGAGACUGUUCGUCACACGGAUACUGAAGCAGUUUGACUGCGACACAUUCCUCCCGGAAAUCAACCCAGACAAAUACCGUCUGCUGCCAAAGUUUCCAGGAGUGCCAGAAGAGCUGCAGGAGGAGAACGGCAUCCAGUACAGAUUUGAAGUCUACGAGAGUAAAGAGCAAUGAAGAGGGGGAAAAAACAGCCCAGGGGAACCAGGGCAAUGAGAAUGCUAGACAUAUAGAGAUUUUUAUGUGAUUUGUACAGUUGUACACUAUUCUUUUUUUCAUGAAAUAAACUUUUAUUUCAGCUAAA